AUGGAUCCUAGUGAUGUAUUGAAUGGGGAAACUGGGACAUUAUUGGCAAAUGUGGAACAAUAUCGAAGACUGGUUGGCAAACUCAUGUAUCUGACUUUUACCCGACCUGACAUCACUUUUGCAGUACACAAGCUUUGUCAAUUUACAUCAGCUCCGAGACAACCUCAUCUGAAUGCUGUGUAUAAAGUUCUACAUUAUCUUAAAGGCACAGUUGGUCAAGGUAUGUUUUACUCUGCUACUUCCGAUUUUCGACUGAAAGCUUUUGCAGACGCGGACUGGGGCAGAUGCACGGAUAGCAGACGUUCUGUUUUUGGCAUUUGUACUUUUAUUGGUCCAUCAUUGGUCUCUUGGAAGUCAAAUAAACAAGACACAGUCUCCAUGUCCUUUGCGGAAUCGGAGUAUCGGUCUAUGGCUGCAGCCGUGAAAGAAAUUCUUUGGAUAAGGAAGCUUAUGGUUGAUUUAUGGGUUGAUAUCUCUAAAGCUUCUACACUUUACUGUGAUAACACAGCUGCUCUCCAUAUAGCUAACAAUUUGGUGUUCCAUGAAUGGACUAAACAUCUGGAAAUGGAUUGCCACAUUGUGCGAGAAAAGGUUCAGUUGGGGAUCAUCAAGACACUUCAUGUCGGCACUGAACACCAACUAGUUGAUGUUUUCACUAAACCAUUGUUUCCUACACAGUUCUUGAGACUCAUUCGCAAGAUGGGUGUUAUUAACAUAUACACUCCAUCUUGA